AUGCGCACACUGAUCGACCGAAGUUCGUAUCGGGAAAACUCAAGCCGACACACACAGCGAAGCACACCGCUCAUUCUUUGCGUUGAUGAUGAUCCAGACAUCCAAACCACCAUUGAAUUGCGAUUGCGAGAGUACGACGUCGAAAUCGAACAAACCUAUUACGGCAUGCAGGGUAUCACUCAAGCACUGGACACUGUGCCCGACCUGAUUCUGCUGGAUGUUGCGAUGCCCAAUGGAAAUGGAGAGUACCUUUUGGAGUGCAUGAAAAGAAAUCCCACGACCGUCGACAUUCCGAUCGUUGUGCUGACAGGUAUGCGUGACCCAUUGCUUAAAACCCGCCUUCUACAAGGUACCAUCGCGAAUCUCAAGGGGUAUUGUGCGAGAACCCCGAUCGUAGUUCUCACGUCGAUGGAUGAUGAGGUUAUGGAACGGCAAUUGAUGGCAGCCGGUGCUCAAGGCUAUCUGGUAAAAGGAGAGUUUGGGGGGCGUGCCCUGGGACGAACGAUUGUGCACGCGAUACAGCGGCAGGAGUCGAUUAAUGAGGUAAACGCCUUGGUUCGAGAGCUGGAGCACAGCCAACGGAUGUUGCAAGAGCACUCCAAACUUCUGCAUCAGAAAAAUGCUCGCUUGAAGAAGCUCUACAGAACCGCACAAGAGUUCGUGGACAAUGUAUCGCACGACUUUCGAACGCCUCUCACCGUCAUCAAGGACUAUGUCAGCAUCAUUUCCGAGGGAAUGGUGGGUGAGAUCAACGAAGAGCAGCAAAAGUUGCUCUCUAAGGUCGCGGUGCGAGCCGACGAUCUGAAUAACAUGGUCGACGAUCUGCUGGAUGUCAGUAAGUUGGAGUCGGAUCUUCUGGGUGCCUGGAGACGCAAUGUCUGGGUCGAAGAAAUACUGGAACGGGCAGAGUCACUCUUGCGACUAAGGGCGGGGAUUCAAGGGGUUGAGCUUGUAACAGAGUGCGAGCCCGAUUUGCCGGCUGUGUACUGCGAUGCCGAAAAAGUGGGCCGUGUUCUCACGAACCUGGCAGUAAACGCCAUCAAGUUCUGUGACAGUGGCGGAAUCGUCAAACUAUGGGCUAAAGCCGAUCCGUCCCAUCAUCAAGUUAUUCUUGGUGUGACGGACAACGGGCCCGGCAUCGACCAAGAGUCGCUUCGAGACGUUUUCAAGCGGUUCAAGCAGUCGGACGAGCACGUGAAGAAUACCUCGAAGGGUUUUGGUCUUGGGCUAAGUAUUGCCCGGCAAUUGUGCAGGCUGAAUCUUGGUGAACUCCAGGUCGAGAGCAAGGUAGGCGACGGAAGCACAUUUUCAUUCAACCUCCCUGUGGCCAAUCCCGUUGAAGUGCUAUCCCGUUGGCUCGAGUUAGACUCGGGGCGUAUCGAUACCUUCAAGCUGAUUGAGAUCGUGGCUGAAGAUGUUUCGGCUGCACCGCUUGGAGACUUCGACAACUUUCUCAACUGUUUGCUACGAAAUCAUGACCUGCUUCUCCGUGUGGGUGUGGCACGGUGGAUGUUGGUGAUGGCUGUUUCACCCAGUGAAUCGAGCCAGUGGUUCGAAAGGAUGCGAAAAGAAUUCGACCGCGUGAACCGAAAUCGUCCGUUGGGGGCCUUGCCCAGCUACCGGGCCGAGAUUCGCUGUGAAUGGAAGGUCGAACGUGUGCUAGUGAUCGAUGAUGAGGCUGAUAUCCGGGACGGAGUCAGUCGCUGGCUUCGCGCCGCAGGCUUCGAGGCUGAUAUUGCUGAGGACGGGCAGCAAGGUAUUGAGUCUGCAAGGAACUUGGCACCCAGCGCUAUCUUGCUCGACGUAUUGAUGCCCCAAAAAGACGGAAUGACCACCCUGGCAGAGCUGAGGGCAGAUUUUCGUACCGUAGGUGUUAUGAAGGUCUUUACGCAUUUGAGCGAGGAGACCGAGAUGACGACGAAGCGACGUAAGCGGCAUACGCCGGAGCAGAUUGUUCGUAAGUUGCGAGACGCGGACGCGAUGCUCAAUGCUGGGAAGGACCAGGCUGCUGUAUUGCAGGCCCUGGAAGUGAGCGAAGCCACGUAUCUGCGUUGGCGAAACCAGUACGGUGGGAUGAAGGCCGAGGAGGCGAAGCGGCUGAAGCAACUGGAAGACGAGAACAGGCGGCUGAAGGAGUUAGUGGCCGAGAAAGAACUCGACAUCAAGAUGCUGAAGCAUAUCGCGGUGUUCGCAGUUUCCGAGCGAAGGGCGUGUCAGGUGACUGAUCAGCCACGCAGCUCUCAGCGUUACCAGCCGCAGUCUCGUGAUGACGAAGCGGCUUUGGUGAAGCGGAUGCGUGAACUGGCCGCCGCUCGACCGCGUUUCGGUUAUCGUCGGAUUGCCGUGCUAUUGCGUCGCGAAGACUGGGAGGCCAGCAACACGCGGGUGCUGCGGCUAUGGCGUCGCGAAGGGCUGAAAGUGCCACAGAAACGCCGUAAGAAACGCUACUUGGGCGACAGCAGCCAAGCCUGUCACAUUCAGCGAGCCGAACAUAAAGACCACGUGUGGUGUUGGGACUUUGUGUUCGAUCGCACGGAGGCCGGCAGCCCGUUGAAGUGGCUAUCGAUCGUCGACGAGUACACGCGGGAGUGUUUGGCUUUGAAAGUCGACCGCAGCAUCACCAGCGAAGAUGUGAUCGACUCGUUGGCCGAGCUGUUCGCGAUGCGGGGCGUGCCCGGUGCGAUUCGCUCGGACAACGGCCCGGAGUUUGUAGCUGGUGCAAUCCGGCGAUGGCUAAAGCAAGUCGAUGUCGAAACGCACUACGUCGCGCCGGGCAGUCCAUGGGAGAAUGGUUACGCGGAGAGCUUUCACAGUCGGCUUCGCGAUGAGUUCUUGGAGAUGGAAAUGUUCGAGAGUUUGGCCGCGGCACGGAAGCUGACCACGGCCUGGAGAAAGGAUUACAACGACGUGAGGCCGCACAGUUCGCUGGGGUAUGCCACCCCGUCCGAAUUCGCGACCCGCUGUUUAGUACUGAUUGCGGAUGAUGACCUCGAUGUCUUGGAACUACUCGCCCGGCAGUGCAGUGAUUUGGGGUUAGAUGUCGAUACGGCGACCAACGCCAUGACUGCACUGGGCAAAGCGGAGCAAGAUCUUCCAGAUCUGGUCAUUCUCGACAUUGAGAUGCCUUAUGGAAAUGGCCUUUGUGUCUGCGAGAUGAUGUCGCAGCACGAAGAAUUGUGUUCGAUUCCUGUCAUCAUGCUUACCUCGUCCAGAAGCGAAGCAACCAUUCGCAAAUGUUACGAGUUGUGCGCGUAUUAUGUUCUAAAGUGCCCAGACAUUAGGCCGAGAAUCGAACCCUUACUACGUCAGUUACUCGAGAUAGAUGGUCCUGGCGGGCCAAGUAGGGAGGAAGAAGCGAUCAUGAGCGGAGUGUGCGUAAAACGACCCGAAUUGAUGGAGACCGUAUUUGCCCUUCUCGGUGUGGAAGAGGGGCAUUCGCUCUUUGAAGAACCCAAUGCGGAAGAACAAACUCGAUCAGAUGAGCCUUGGGUGUUGCUCAUCGAGGACGACGACGACUUUGCGAUGGCGCUACAGAUGAGGUUCACAGAAUUUGGCGCGAAUGUGUUACGUGCUUCCGCAGGUACUGAGGGCUACCGCAAAGCGUUUGUCGAAGCCCCGCGGGCCAUCAUCCUGGACUAUCAGUUGCCAGAAGGGAAUGGCGAUUAUGUCUUGAGAAGGCUCAAGGAAUCUCCAGCGACGAGUGAGAUACCCGUAAUUGUGCUGACUGGCAUACGGGAGGCCAGUGUUGAACGUCAAAUGCGGAAUUUGGGUGCCACCGAAUUCUUCACCAAGCCUUUUGAUUGGAAUCGUCUCAGGGCUGCUGUCGAUAAGCAUCUUGACGCUGAAGAUGCUGGAGCGAGUGUUUGCUGCAAUCCCAAGGCUCAGCAUUGUCACCCCAGUCUCCGCUCUGCUGACGAGGUCCCCACGACUGAAAAAGCAGGCAUGAUUAACUCAGUGGGACUCGCUUGGGUUUUCGAUACCUCUCCCUACCCACCUCGUUGGCUCUGCGGCGACUGGAGCCCGGCCAUGGGGUGGUUGCACAUCUAUUCCGAUGUGGCCAUCUGGAGUGCCUAUGUGGCGAUCCCAAUCGCUCUCAUUCUCUUUACGCGAAAGAAAACCAGUUUGCCAUUUAAAGGGCUCCUGUUUCUCUUCAGUGCGUUCAUUAUUAGUUGUGGAUUUUCACAUUUAAUGGAAGCAGCUAUCUUCUGGUGGCCUGCAUACGGGCUGUUAGGGGUCAUUAAACUCGUGACGGCAAUCGUAUCCAUCGUUACUGUGGGAGCCCUAGCGGUAGUUAUUCCUCAAGCGUUGAACUACCGAAGUCCUGAACAGCUAGAGGAAGAAGUGCAGAUGAGAACUCACGAACUGGAUUUCGCGAAGCAACAGGCCAUGAGGAUCAUCGAGGCUUCACCCGCUGGAAUGGUGAUGAUUGAUCGAGAGGGCAAGAUCAUAGUGGUCAAUGCAAUGGUCGAAAAGAUGUUCGGUUACAGCCGAGCUGAAAUGCUUAAUCAAUCGGUAGAAAUGCUCUUGCCCGAACGGUUUCGAGCAGCACAUCCAGGGCAACGAGAUGCAUUUUUUGCCUCUCCCAAAGUUCGCGCCAUGGGAGCCGGACGCGAUUUGUAUGGAAGGCGAUCUGACGGACAAGAGUUUCCGAUUGAGAUUGGCUUGAAUCCUGUUGAGAGUGAGGAAGGCCUGUUUGUAUUGAGUGCGAUUGUGGAUAUUAGCGAACGUCAAAGACUGGAACGUAGAAUCGAGGAACAUGCUGAAGAACUGGCCACCUUGAACGACGCCCUUUUGAAGAGCAAUCAGGACUUGCAGCAAUUCGCAUCCGUGGCUUCUCACGACUUGCAAGAGCCUUUGAGGAAAAUCUCCUCCUACUGUCAGCUUUUACGGGAAGAAUGCGGCGAUGGCAUCAGUGCAGAUGCUCAGCACUACAUCGAUGUUGCGAUUGACGGUGCUGAGCGUUCAAAGACUUUGAUCAAUGACCUCCUCUCCUUCUCUAGGAUUACCACGCGUGGCAAGCCUUUGAGGCCUGUCGACGCAAGUAAUUGUGUUCAGGCCGCAUUGGCAAAUCUAGAAAUGGCGAUUGAAGAUAACAGCGCCCAGGUUACUGUGGAUCCUUUGCCCGUGGUGAUUGCAGACAGCAGUCAAAUGGUCCUGCUGUUUCAGAACCUAAUUAACAACGCCCUGAAGUAUCGAGGUGAAGAAUCGCCACAGAUUCACAUCGGAGUACGCGAACUCGAAGAUUGUUACGAAUUUUUUGUGAAAGAUAAUGGCAUUGGGAUCGAACCGCAGUACUAUGAACGAAUCUUCGAGAUUUUUCAGAGGCUGCACAAUCGUCGUCAGUACAGCGGGACGGGCAUUGGGCUAGCGCUCUGUAAGAGGAUUAUAGAGCGAUUUGGGCGUGAUAUCUGGGUCGACGACGAUGAUGAUGUGCGGUUAAUGACGACCACGUUUAAGCGAGACCGGAUCUAUACCAAGAUCAAUCGAGUCGAAGACGGCGUUGAAGCCAUUGAAUACCUCAGGCGAGAAGGCAAAUUUGCUCAGGCCCAGCGUCCGGAUCUGAUCCUUCUUGAUCUGAACCUACCACGCAAGGAUGGACGAGAAGUUCUCAAGGAAGUGAAGGAAGACCCCAAGCUUCGCGACAUCCCAGUCGUCGUGCUAACCACCUCCGAUGAUGAACUAGACAUCAUGGAAAGCUAUCAGCAUCAGGCUAAUAGCUAUGUCACGAAGCCGGUCGAUCUGCUGCAGUUCAGAAAGAUGCUGCAGACACUACAAGACUAUUGGUUCAGCGUCGUGAAGAUUCCAAGUCGCGACAACUAA